GAUAUGGUACUGGAAAAUGUAUCUGUGGAUACAAUAGUUAUAUAAUAUUUCAAGUGAAUUUGCUUAAAACACAGGUAUAACAAUAUACAAAUAUACCACUAAAUUAUAGUGGUCAAGUUGAAUAAACUUACCUAAUAUUUACUAAAUUCUUUUAAUUCAAAAAGUCUUGUAGACGAGGCUCUCAGUCCCAGUUAGAACCAUAACCAAGGAGCAAAUUCUUAGUGUGCCAUGGUUUAUUUCUGACCUGCUGGAGAGUGAAUCUAGGGCUUUGCUCAUGUUAAAGCAGGCCGUCUUACUACAGCCGAUGCUCUUAGCUCAGGAACUGAUGUUUUUGUUUUUGUUUUUUGUUUUUUCUAGACAGGGUUUCUCUGUGUAGCUCUGGCUGCCCUGGAACUCACUCUGUAGAUCAGACUGGACUUGGACUCAAAGAUCCACAUGCCUCUGCCUCCUGAGUGAGCGUGUUGGCUCUUUGUGAUAAGUCCUCAUCAUUUUAGGAGCUGUGUCAAGAGAAGUUUUAGGAAGUGCUCUAUGUUUGUUAGACCAUGUUAAGAUGUAGUAAUUGAUGUUCUUCUGAUUUUAUUUUGCCGUCAUCCUCUUUAAAGAAGAUAACAAAAGUGUAUCCUGAAAAUAUACCAGAGCCUCUGUAGUUUACCACUGCUAUGGAUGUGUUCCGGGUUAUUUAAAGAAGAAAGCUUGCCUUCUUUACCUGUGGGUUUUGGAUCCAUGGAUCUAACCAACAGCAGAUGAGAGAGUUUUUUUCCUUUUUAAAAAUGUAUAUGUGUGGGCUAAACAUGUAGACUUUUUUCAUUAUCAGUUUAUAAAAAAUGUAGGUUAAUGACCAUGUAGAUGACUUUGUAUGGUGUGGAGCAUAAGUAAUCUAGAAAUAAUUUGAAAGAUGCAGGAGACUGUAUGUAAAUUAUAUGCAAAUAUGCUAUUAUCAUCCAUGGAUUAUAACAUCUACUGUGUGGGAGGAGGAGGGUUAUAAUCAACCCCUGGUGAACACAUUUCACAGAUACUUUCUGAACGCCUAGUAUUAUGUAGGAUAUGAGUGCUGAUGGCUGUGCCAAGUGAAGGUGUGUAAGUUAGGUGAAUUCUGGUCUCAAGACUGUUACUUAGGGCUUUCACUGGGCAUUUGUUUUACCCUUCCUUUCCCUCCCCCUUCCCUCUCUCCCCCCUUCCUUUCCAGUCUCCUCUCCUUCCUUGCCUUCUUUCUCUUCUUCUUCCUCCUCCUCCUCAUCACCCUUCUCCUCAUACUCUGUUUACCUAGACCAGGGUGGUCUUAACUCUCAAGUGACUGUAUUACAUGUGUGUGCCACCAUGCCUUUUUUUUUUUUUUUUAAAUGAGAAGAAGGGAGUCUUGGCCCAUUUGAGUAAGUCCUUGGACAUCUUCUUCUGUAUUCACUCCCACUGUAAUCUCAUCUAGUGUCUGGAUUUUGGCUGUCAUACUUGCCUUUGGACCAUGACUAUAGGUAUGCAUCUAUAGUCAACACGACCCAAGAAAGUGUGCUUCUAUUGAUUGAGAGGCCACAGAGGAGUGGAUGCUUUCUGGCUUCCUCCCUAUGGCGCCACCCACAAUGGGCCGGUCCCUCCCACAUCCGUCAGUAAUUACAGAAUUGUUUUAUAGGCUUGUCUACAGCCUGACCUUUUGGAGGCAUUUUCUUAAUUGGGAUUCCCUCUUGUCAGAUGACUCUAGCCUGGGUCAAGUUGACAUAAACUAACCACCAUAGAGUUCUUUUUUUUAAUUUUUACUUUUUGUUCUUCUCUCAUGACUGAGAGAACACCCUUCUUCCACGCUUCUCAGACUACCCUCCCCAGCCCCAGACCCACUCCUCUUUUCCCGCCACAAAAGAACAGGCCUCCCGGGGUUAAAAACCGAAUGUGGCAUAACAAGUUUCAGUAAGACUAAUUAGGUGCACAUCCUUAUAUCAAGGCUGAAUGAAGGAACCCAGGAGGAGGAAAAGGGUCCCAAACACAGGCAAAGAGUCAGAGACAGCCCCUUCUUCCACUGUUUGUAGUCCCACAAGACCACGAAGCUACACAACCAUAACAUAUAUGCAGGAGACCUAGUUCAGACCCAUGCUGACUCCAUGAUUGUCCCUGUAGUCUCUGCAGCACAAGGUUCUUAACUAUAAAGAAACCAAAUGGAGUUUUUAGUUUUCCAUCUUCCAAGUACAGAAGAAGGCACACCAGAAGUUCAGUGCAAUAGACCAUGGGCAGAUCAGCAGAAUUAUCGGUGGCCUUUGCCUUAGCAGCUGCAUCACAAUGAGUGGAACACACACAGCUUGGCCUGGAGAGAACAAGAUUCCUUAGACAGCCAUUUAAAAAUGAACCCCUCCCCCAUCGUCAGAUGAACAAGGUGAAUCAGCUUAUGAGGGAAUAGAGUCCGAGUGUUCUGAAAUAUGAGGGAACAAUUAGGAGAUGAUGUCAUUUGCUGAGAAAAAGGCCAAUACCGAGCUGUAGGAAACUUAAGGUUAUUCUCUGUACUGAAUAUUUGCGACUGGUCCCCGAUGGGCUUCCUGGAAUAUUGGUGUGUUUAUUUGCAUCAGAUGUGCUGGAAUUCAUAGAAAUCUUGGGGUUCAUAUAUCCAGAGUCAAGUCAGUCAACCUAGACCAAUGGACACCAGAACAGAUACAGUGCAUGCAAGAUAUGGGAAAUACUAAAGCAAGACUACUUUAUGAAGCCAAUCUUCCAGAGAACUUUCGAAGACCACAGACAGAUCAAGCAGUAGAGUUUUUCAUCAGAGAUAAAUAUGAAAAGAAGAAAUACUAUGAUAAAAAUGCAAUAGCUAUCACAAAUAUUUCCUCUUCUGAUGCCCCUCUUCAGCCUUUGGUAUCCUCUCCUUCUCUGCAAGCUGCUGUUGAUAAAAACAAGUUAGAGAAAGAAAAGGAAAAAAAAAAGGACGAGAAAAAGAGAGAAAAGGAGCCAGAAAAGCCUGCAAAACCACUAACAACGGAAAAGCUGCCGAAGAAAGAAGAGCAACAACUUGAGCCUAAGAAAAGCACCAGCCCAAAAAAUGCUGCAGAGCCCACUAUUGAUCUUCUAGGACUUGAUGGUCCUGCUGAGGCACCCGUGACCAAUGGAAACCCAGCCACAGCGCCAGCCCUGAGUGAUGAUCUGGACAUUUUUGGACCAAUGAUUUCUAACCCUUUACCUGCAGCUGUCAUGCCCCCGGCUCAGGGGACUGCCUCCGUACCAGCACCUGCUACCCUGUCUACCGUUACAUCUGGGGACCUGGAUCUGUUUACUGAGCAAACUACAAAGUCAGAAGAAGUAGCAAAGAAACAACUCUCCAAAGACUCCAUCUUAUCUCUGUAUGGUACAGGAGCACAGCAAAGCACUCCUGGUGUGUUUAUGGGACCCACAAAUAUACCAUUUACCUCACAAGCACCGACUGCAUUUCAAGGUUUUCCUUCCAUGGGCGUCCCAGUGCCUGCAGCUCCCGGUCUUAUAGGAAAUAUGAUGGGACAGAAUACUGGCAUGAUGGUGGGCAUGCCCAUGCACAAUGGGUUCAUGGGAAACGCACAGACUGGAGUGAUGCCACUUCCUCAGAAUGUUGUUGGCCCUCAGGGAGGAAUGGUGGGACAAAUGGGUGCACCACAGAGUAAGUUCGGCUUGCCACAAGCCCAGCAGCCUCAGUGGAACCUCUCACAGAUGAAUCAGCAGAUGGCUGCCAUGAACCUCAGUAGUGCUAACGCUAGUGCAGGUUUUGGCCAGCCUCCCAGCACGACAGCAGGGUGGUCUGGAAGCUCAUCGGGGCAGACGCUGAGCACACAGCUGUGGAAGUAAGAAGCUGUCACAGAGUUCCAUCCAGAACCGACCCCAACAUUCCUCGCUGCAAAGGCAUCUAGUUCCCAUUUAUUCAUGUACAUAACGUAUUUUUUCUUUCCCCCAUUUGCUCACAUUAAGAAUGACCUGAUUGACCGUGUUGGUCUGUGCUGAUUAAAUUGGAUGUGAAAGCAGGUUGAGAAACCAUCUGUGUGGAGGGCAGCUUUGCUCAUACUCCCCAUGAUGUCCUAAGCCACAUUGGGAAGCUGCUCAGUUAACUUGCAUAAUCAGUUUUAUUUGCAAAAUUAUAGCUCUAACGUUUGCAUAUAAGGGAAGUAGUUAUCAUGUUAGUAAUACCUCUAACAGUAUAAACCCCACCCCCAAAUUAGCCAGUAAUCCUGUAGAAAGGUACUGUAUGAUCAAAUGUUUAAUCAUAUAAAUAGAAUGUAAAUGUAUCACUGAGCACUGUUUUCUAGUGUAUCAAAUUCUUUUAUUCAUCACUCACUCCACUGUGCUGUUGUUAUGAUGUGCUUAACAGGGAACGUGGUUAGUGAACGGAGAUAAACCUGGAUGCUACUGUAAAACUCAAUGAAGGUUUCAGAAUUCAAAUUUCCAUUGCCUCUUGUAAUGUGGGCCUCUUCUCAUGUACAUAGUGCUAAUAUGAAGACCUUUUUCUGCACUAUAUGCACACAGGGUAACUAAAACAAAGCCACUUUUAAUCCUUGAAGGUAUAUCCAGGUUUAUGACAGUAAUUGUGUUUACAUUUUAUGGUGCCUAGUAUUGACAAAAUGUUAUUUCCCUAUAUUAAACAGAUGAAUCCACACA